AUGUGGAAGCACACGAUUCUGUUGGUUGCAUUUGGCGUAUUUCUGUACCAUAAUCAUCAAACGGAAGGGCAAAUCUUCGGCUACGAGCCAAACGUUGACUAUCCGGCGUACGAUAAGAUCCCUUCCGGGUUGACCUUCCGGUGCGCGGAUCGUCAGCCGGGUUACUACGCGGAUAUAGAGACACGCUGCCAAGUGUGGCACUGGUGCUUGCCAACCGGCUACAUGUUCUCCUUCCUCUGCCCCAAUGGAACCGUGUUCAAUCAAGCCUAUCGUGUGUGCGAUUGGUGGACGAACGUGAACUGCCCGGAGUCGGAAGCAAUGUACAGCAUCAACGACGAUUUGUACCGGGACGUGGAGGGCAAUUUGAUUGUCGGUUAA